AUGGCGACGAAAAAGACCACGGCGGCGGCCGACCAUCUGCCUCUGGCGACCAACAACAACGCCGGCAACGGCAGCGGCGACCGCGAGGUCGCCAACAAGAUCACCAGCGGGCAGACAAAGCCCAAGGAUGCCGCCGGCCAGACCGGCAAGAAGAAGAAGUCGGCCGAGAAGCCGACUACUCCUGCGGGUGGAGGCCCGACCGCCUCCUCCGCCGACGACGACAAGUGGGCUGAGAUCCGGAAGCUUCUGGGGACGGAGGAGGCCAUCCUCCAGCUGAACAAGGACCGGGAGCUCAAGGCGAUGCUGCUGGAAACCCUGCAGCCAGAGAAAGAGUUCGGCCCCAUUUGUGCCAACCCGAACUGCGGCGAGUUCGGUCACACUCUGGCCGUGUGCCCUCGUCCGACCAACAUGGCCGAUGGCGACAUGUGCGGGUGCUUCUUCUGCAACGUGGUGGACCACGAUGCAGAUGAAUGCCCGAUGAUGGAAUGGGUGACGCCGUCGACUCUGGUCACCCACCUGAUUACCAACCGUGCCGGCAUGCCGCCCUGGAACACCCGGAUCGAUUGGGUGAGGCUCGCCAUCGACAACUGGGACCUUGUCUGUUUCGCCCUCCUCCCUCUGACCCGCGCCUACGUCAAGAGGGAGUACAUCCCCAAGAAGCGGUGGGAGGAAGUCAACGGCCUGUCGGGCAUCACCGACCCGCUCUUCGCGAACGCCGACCGCAGGCUUCUCAAGCAGCUCGCCAACCCGGACCGGACGAAGACCCGGGCUCGUCCUCUGAUGGAAGCGACUCAGACCAUGUGCUACUGCGCGGACCAGUGCGGCGGGUACGCCGUCUUCCAGAACAAAUCCCUCGCAAAGUACAUCCCCAACAUGCGCGUCGAUGUCAAGACCCACCAGCAGCUGCUCGCCGAGCGCGCGCGCGAGGUGGCCGAGUGCGAGCGCUUGCUCGAGAAGAAGAUGCCCAAGAAAGCAGACAAGAGCCGCAAGAAGGGCCGGCGCGCCUUGAAGAAGGAGGCCGCCGCAGCCGCCGCAGCCGCUGAAGAGGCAGAAAAGGCAGAAGCUUCCUCCUCCAAGGGCAAGGAACCCGCCGCUGCUGGUCCCAGCAAGGCGGAGGAUAAUACCACGGUACCGGCCAGCACCACCGUCACGCUCGACGAUGACGAUGACGAGCCGGAUGUUCCCCUCUCGGAUCGCCUGAUGGAUUUGGGAGACCAGAUCAGCGAUCUCCUCGAUAAUCUGCGCAAUAUCGUGCGGUCCUAA